UGCAACAACGAAGUGAAAGUGAACCAAUAACUGGACGAUAACAUUUGGAGUGAUAUGUGGUCUGGAAGGGAAUACUUGCAUAUAAAAAUAAAUAUAUAAUUAUGUAAUGCAUCUAACUCAGAAGUGUUACACAAAGAGGGGCAUACUUCAGCUAUCGUUGGUUCAUCUUGUCUGACCUGUUAAAGAUGGAUGACACGAUGGAUUCUCAAAGAAGUCUGACUGCUGAAGUCAAGCCAGAUGGUGUAAAAAAUGAUGUUCCACAAACAAAAUUACCAGAUGGAAAAGAUGAACUCUUUUGUGGACCACAAAAAUAUGACACUGCAAAAGACUCUGUACCAACAGAGAACACACAAGAUGACAUAGCAUCUCAGAAUUCAAUGGACUGUGGGUCUGCAGGUGUACUGGAUGAAUCUGGCCUUGCUGGCAGCAGAAGUAACACAGCUCAGACACACUGCUCUAAUGGACAGAAAUCUAAGAGGCCCAGUUCACCUGGUCCCCACCCUGUUAAAACAACCUGUGUUGGUGCACACUCUCAAAAUCCCAAACUCACCCUCUGUCUUAGUAUUAGUCCCAUGAAGGGUGGAAGUAUACCCAGUGAUGUGGAGAUGCUGAGUCCUGACAGUCCCAUCUGUAAAACCAUGCUCAUCAACAACUCUGCAGACAAGGAUCAUGGUGGCAGUGCUUGUGCAGACGACUCUGGCUUUGCUAAGGCUCAGGUAGUGGAAUCUCAGCAGUUUGUCAACGACUCUGACUCUGGAAGUUCGGCCAAAGAAAGAGCCAAUCUGGUUGCCAUGGGGACUGAGGAUGCUGAGGUAGCAGAGUGCAGUGGCUCAUCUAAUAUGAGCCAGGACUUACUUAGAAGCCAGCCAGGUGCAAUUUUUGAAAGUAUUUCAUUUGCAUUGCAUAACACAGACAAAGGAUGGCUGGGGACACCCAUAGAUGAGCUGAACAGAAUGCCCCAGUGUGCCCCCCCUCUGUCACACCUGAAAGUAGUGCCUAACCACACUGUCGCAGUCAGGACAGAUCUCCUCAGAGAGGGAGACAUCCCUGUCCCAUACCCCACCAAGUUCAAAGAUGCGUGGGAUGAUAUGUCAGUGAAGAUGCCCUGCUCUGAGAAGAACCUGUUUCCUAUGGAGACUGAGGAUGGAGGUGGUGUCCAAAGUCGGUGGGACCUAAUCCGCACUGCCUUGCGGGGAGGGUUCAAAAGUUCUCUGGAUGUGAGGGAUGCAAUAUUGAGAUACAACACAACCCAUGCUAAGAAAUGGGACUUCACUGCCCUGAACCUUCUUUGCACAGAGUGUCUUGAGCAUUGUGAGGCACAACACCUGUUUGAGGUCAUUUUACCUGCCAUGGUCGACCUGGCACUCAGUGCUCCUUGUCUCUGCACGAUGCCAAUUCCCCUGCUGAAGUGCAGGGCGAACCAUUCACUGACUCUGUCUCAGGAGCAAAUAGCCUGUCUUCUGGCCAACGCCUUCUUCUGCACAUUCCCCCGCCGCAACUCCCGCAAGUCAGAGUACUGCAAUUACCCCGAGAUCAACUUCUACAGGUUAUUUGAAGGUUCUUCGCCAAGAAAAAUUGAGAAAUUGAAAACUCUGCUGUGUUACUUCAGGAGAGUUACACAGAACAAGCCCAAGGGCCUUGUGACGUUCACCAGACAAACACUGAACCCUCCUUCAAACUGGGAAAGCUGUCAGACUCAGCUGACGCGCCUACAUAUCACUUGUGAGGGGACAAUUGAAGAUGAUGGAUACGGGAUGCUGCAGGUGGACUUUGCAAAUAGGUUUGUAGGUGGAGGAGUAACAGGACAUGGACUGGUCCAGGAAGAAAUCAGGUUCCUCAUCAACCCUGAACUCAUUGUCUCUCGUCUCUUCACUGAAGCUUUGGAGUACAAUGAAUGCCUCAUCAUCACAGGCACUGAACAGUACAGUAAAUAUUCUGGUUAUGCUGAGAGUUACAAAUGGAAGGAGAGCUACAAGGAUGAAACUCCAAGGGAUGACUGGCAGAGACGAUGUACAGAGAUCGUCGCCAUUGAUGCUCUUAAAUACAGGCACUUCUUAGAACAGUUUCUCCCUGAGAAGAUGUCCAGAGAACUCAACAAGGCGUACUGUGGAUUCUUCCGAAAUAACGCCAACAACAAGCACCUCUCUGCAGUAGCCACAGGCAACUGGGGUUGUGGAGCUUUUGGUGGAGACACGCGGCUCAAAGCGCUGAUUCAGUUGAUGGCUGCAGCAGAGGCCGGAAGAGACGUGGCUUACUUCACAUUUGGAGAUGCUCAGCUUAUGAGAGAUGUUCAUGAAAUGCACACUUUCCUCACCGAGAGACGAGUCACCGUUGGGCGUUUGUACAGUCUUUUGAACCAGUACUCGAGUGUGGUGUGUAAGAAUUGCCGCACGACGCGACCUGAAAUCAGUCUCUACAGUUUCAUCUACGAGAGGGUCUCUUCCCCCGCAACCGGCGACUCUGCGGACUCCGCCAAGGAUUCUGGGAUGUUGCCUGUAACAUCGGACUUCCAUUAACACGGGGAGAGCUCCAACUCAACCUCCCUUCCCCUGUCUCUUUGUGUAAUAGAGACUCCAGGUUCAAAAAUGUGCUCUCAGUCUUGUGCUUACAAUCACUUAUUUCUCUCACACAUACACUCCCUUUAAGUUUGUGACCCCCAACACACAAACUACCAAAACACAGUUUUGCCUUUCUCGCUGGUGGUAUUAUAGGAGCCUUGUAGUCCGCCACCAAAUGUGGUGAAAUGUUUCAGAGACUUAUAGCAAUAGUAAAUCCUGGUUGCUGUUAGGCCUUUUCUUUACACUAAAUGUGAUGUGGAAUUCUUUUGUUUUUACAUACUAAUUACAAAUAUGGCCAAAUAGUCAUUAUAUGCAUGGUUGGACACUUUUCACUACUGAUAAUCCAGGAUUCCUGGUUAUCUUAUAUUGUGUUUGCUACUCUUUUUUUUUUUUGGAUGACUUGUCUUCUCUGUUUACCAUACCCAGGCUGUGGUGAGGUUCCUGAAUGCAGAGAGAUGAUGAGAUGCCAUACUGUAGUCUAUGCAUGGGUAACAUUUAUUUAUCGAAUAUUCUACAAAUAUAUGCUGCUCUUUUAUAUCCUCUUAGGAUGCGGAACUUCAACACACAUAUUGUCCUUAAGGCUUAUGUUAAUACGAGUGAAAAAUAAUCAAUGAAAUUGACACUGGUAUGAGAAUCAUCUCAGAUGAAACAGAUAUUUAUGGUCAUCGUCAUCUUAGACCAUUGAUUCUAUCAUUUUCACACAUGUUCAGUGUUAAGCACAGUACUGAUACUGUAUUUACAAAUAAAUGGGGGAGCAGAUAAAGAAAGAAUUGCACGCAAAAUAUUAUUUUUGUUAAUGUUUUUACUCAACAUUUACUUUGGGGAUGUGGUUAUGGGUUUUUUUUAAUUAUUUGCUGUAUUUCCUGAUUGAUGGUGUGGGUUUUAUUUAAUGAUAGAUUCAUAAAGGCUGUAAAUGUAUUGCAUAGUACUGUACUUUAGGUUUUUAGGUUGUACUCUUUUUAUUAUAAUUUCUUAAUUAAAGUAUAUCCUGUUAACAUUG